GCUGUCGCGACCCAUUGAAUUGCCCUUUCUCACGCCCACGACCCUAUCCGCUUCCCCAACCUGUCGCAUUCCCUUCGCUUUGCAGCUGUUGCAUUGGACUGAAUUUCGGUAGACGGAGUAUGGGGAGAGCGUGAUUGUGACAGCUGGGCUUCACCGCAAACGACCACCACUCCGCACGAUCCACCCCCUCGCCAACACUUUACCAUAUUCUGAGGAUAGACACUUGCCACAAUGAAGCUCGACGUGAAGAGGCAGCUGUUUGCGCGCAGCGAGCGUGUCAAGGGCAUUGACUUCCACCCCACCGAGCCAUGGAUCCUCACCACACUCUACAGCGGCCACGUCUACAUCUGGUCCUACGAAACGCAGUCGAUCAUAAAGACGUUCGAAUUGACCGAUGUGCCUGUGCGAGCAGGUCGCUUCAUCGCACGAAAGAACUGGAUAGUAUGCGGCAGCGAUGACUUCCAACUCCGAGUCUACAACUACAACACUUCCGAGAAGAUCACCAGCUUCGAAGCACACCCCGACUACAUCCGAGCCAUCGUCGUUCAUCCGAGCCAACCUUUCGUCUUGACUGCCAGUGAUGACAUGACAAUUAAGCUGUGGGACUGGGACAAGGGCUGGCAAUGCGUGCAGGUCUUCGAGGGGCACAACCACUAUGUGAUGGGGCUGGCGAUCAACCCAAAGGACACAAACACAUUCGCGUCCGCAUGUCUGGAUCGCACAGUCAAGAUCUGGAGUUUAGGGUCAAGAACGGCCAACUACACACUCGAGGCGCACGAAACGAAAGGUGUCAACCAUGUGGACUACUACCCGCAGUCGGACAAGCCAUACCUGCUCACCACCUCAGAUGAUCGGACAGUCAAGAUUUGGGAUUACACAACAAAAGCACUGAUUGCGACAUUGGAGGGCCACACCUCGAAUGUCUCAUUUGCAUGCUAUCACCCAGAACUGCCUGUGAUCAUUUCUGGUUCCGAAGACGGCACGGUCAAGAUAUGGCAUGCGAACACAUACCGACUUGAGCAGUCAUUGUCAUAUGGCCUCGAGCGAGCAUGGUGUAUCUCAUACCAGCGAGGCAAGCAGGGCAUUGCCAUGGGUUUCGACGAUGGUGCUGUUGUCGUGAAGAUGGGUCGCGAAGAGCCAGCAGUCUCGAUGGAUGGAUCCGGCAAGAUCAUCUGGGCUCGUCACUCUGAGAUUCUUACUUCGGUCAUCAAAGGCGGCGACAAAUCGAUCAAGGACGCCCAGCCUAUUUCUCUGCCAUCAAAGGAUCUUGGCAGCACAGAAAUCUACCCACAGACUCUACUGCACUCGCCAAAUGGACGAUUCGUUGCAGUUUGUGGAGAUGGCGAAUACAUCAUCUACACAGCACUCGCACUUCGAAAUCAAGCUUUCGGCUCCGCGCUCGAUUUCGCAUGGGCAUCAAAAGACAACGACAAGGAUUACGCGAUCCGAGAAUCACAGUACUCGGUCAAGAUCUAUCGCAACUUCAAGCCCAAGGGAGGUGACGGCAGCGUCAACGUGGGCUUCACUGCCGAUGGCCUGAGUGGUGGCGUCCUGCUCGGCGUCAAAGGACAAGGCGGCAUCGGCUUCUUCGACUGGGAGACUGGCAAGCUUGUCCGUCGCAUCGAAGUCGAGCCACGAAAUGUCUACUGGUCGGAAUCCGGCGAGCUGGUUGCUCUGGCAUGCGAGGACACAUUCUACGUACUGCGCUACUCCCGUGAGCAAUACGUCGCCGCCGUGCAAUCCGGCGCCGUGGACGAGGAUGGCGUCGAAGAUGCUUUCGAGGUUGUCUGUGACAUCAACGAGAGCGUGCGGACUGGACAAUGGGUAGGCGACUGCUUCGUCUACACCAACAGCACAAAUCGCCUCAACUACCUGGUUGGUGACCAGACAUACACCGUUUCGCAUUUCGACCAGCCAUACUACGUCCUGGGAUACCUCACAAGGGAUGGCCGGGUAUACGUCUGCGACAAGGACGUCAAUGUCAUCUCCUUCGCUCUUUCCGUCAGCGUCAUCGAAUUCCAGACUCUUGUGCUGCGAGGGGAAUUGGAGUCGGCGAUGAAUAUGCUCGAGGAGGGAGAAAUCCCUGAAGAGCAGAAGACGAAAAUUGCGCGUUUCCUCGAAGGGCAAAACUAUAACGAAGAAGCGCUGCAGGUGUCCACAGACAACGAGCACCGCUUUGAGCUUGCUCUUGGUCUUGGCGAACUCGACAUUGCCCUCGACUUGGCGAGACAAGCCGAUGUUGAGCACAAGUGGAAGACCGUUGGCGACGCUGCACUUGCUCGCUACAAUAUUGCACUCGCAGAAGAAUGCUUCCGCAGCGCUAAAGACCUGUCGUCGUUGCUCUUGCUCUACACAUCUUCAGCGAGUGAAGAGGGUCUGCGAUGGGUCGCUGAAAAGGCGUCGGAAGGAGGACAGCACAACGUGGCAUUUACUUGCUUGUGGUCUGUUGGCGACAUUGAUGCCUGUCUCGACCUAUUGAUCAAGACGGAUCGACUGGCGGAAGCUGUGCAAACCGCUCAAACUUACAAGCCUUCACGGUUAGCAGAAAUUGUCGGAUUGUGGAAGGCAUCAUUGGAGAAGAGCGGCAAAACCAAAGUUGCGAGACUGCUUGGGUCACCUGACGCUGAUCCGGACAUGUUCCCUAACUUUGAGGAGUCGUUGAGGUUAGAAAAGGAGGGCGGAGGUCAUGCCGAUUUGAUAGAUGUGAAUGGCGAUGAGGAGGCGGAGCCUGCUGCCGCGGAUGGCGAAGCCGAAGAGGCCGCGGAAGAGGCUGAAGAGGAGUAGAGCUUUGGUUGUAGAAACGAUACCAGUAUUUCGAAACUCCUGCUUGGAUUUACAUGUGCAUUGGGUGCUUCGUGGUGCAUGGUCAAAGUGGAGCAGCCUACCAUUCUCGUAGCCCGUUGUAUCAGGGACGGCAUUCUAAUUCGGCA